UGAACGCUGGGCGGCAGCGCCGCCGCAGCUGCUGCUGCGAUUCCGGUCCGGGCUCCGGAGCAGCCGGGCGCCGGCUGUGCCUCCACUUCCCUCUCGCUCCGGCCUUUCACCGCAGCGCGGAGAGGACCGACCGUCUACAAACGGAAACACCGACUCCAGCCGGAGAGAGCGAGCAGGGCGCUACAGUGUGACCCACACAGAGGGAGGGAGAUACAGUGUAACCCUGCGGAGAGAGUCACCUGCCUGAAAUUCUGAAAUUGACACCCCAUCAAUUUCAGCUUCAAACCGUGGGCGCUUGAGGGAUCUCCCCGCACUUUUAUGGAUCACCCGGCACUUUCAUGGCUCUGAGAAGGGGCGCAACAGUGAGCAAAGGAAGAUCCCAGCCUAUCGACCUGAACCAACCUAAACUGCAGUUUCAAUGUUGCGCUGCAACCGUGCGAUAUAAUGUAGCCACCGCGGAUCGCAGGGAGAUCUGCGUGUGUGUGCGUUCCUCGGGCAAGGAUACACUCUGUCCAAUGCGCCAGAGUUAUUUGCAAGUUGGAUUCGUUUGCCACAUCUCGGGCUCCGGCUGAGGUUCUUCGCUCUGUGUCUGUGACCAUGGCUCUGGCCUUUGGUCUACUCGGCGGCGCCUCUGCUGUUUUCCACGACGCCGGCUGGUUGAUUCUCUUGCUGUUAUUCGCGGCCUCCAUAGUGACCGUGUUGACUUGGCUGGUUCAGUAUUCCUUCGGGAUUUUCCGGCGCUCCGGGCCGGCCGCUCGCCAGCACCGCUCUCCCGUCGCCCUGGGAUUGUGGAGCUCUCUCUUGCAGUUGGGCUGCUCCCGGGAAGAUAGCGCUUCCACCUCGGGGCUCCGGCAUCUCCUCACGUCCCUCUCCUCUUUCAAGUCCUUGAGGGACAAUUGGCAGAAGGCGUGGAUCAGGGCACUGAACGACCAGGCUUGUCGCAUUGGGAGCUCCGUGCAGAUCAGCUUCGAAGAAGGUCCCCAGCUACCAUCAACAGCAUGCAUCAGUCACGUGACUUGCACAGAUCAGUCGGAGCAGAGCAUGGUACUUUGCUGCGAUGUAGCGGUGGAUGCAAUUCAGUUCCCUGUAUCUGUUACUCAGCAGUCUCCAGCGGCCGUGUCUAUGGAUUCCUACCAGGUCACUUUGGCUCCACUUCAAGCUCAGAUGGAGAUCUGUUUGGAAGAAGCAGAGAUCAAAGGCCUGCUGGUCACUUGGUCAUUCAAGGAGCCCCCUGCUCUGUCCCUCACAGUUACUCCUAAACUACAAAGAGGGGGGAAUGAUGGGAAAGCAGACAUCUCCACCAUCAAAGAAUUGAUUGAGGAUACAAUUGUCAGCACCAGUCCAGCCAUGUUGAUCAAUCUCAAGGCACACAUAGCAAACACAGCGGUGGCAGGGGAGAAACCUGGUAAGACAUCGGCUCCUCCAUCAAAGGUUGCACUUAAUGCCGGGGGUAAACUGGUGGUCAGACAGCUGAAGGCCAAUGUCAGCAGAGUGGAAGAAGGGGGUGAUGGAGAGCUGUGCUGUGUGCUGGAGCUUGAUAGCCCUGCACAGCUGAAAAGAACAAGAUCUGUGACACCCAAGUCCCAGAGCCCAAGCUCUGAUCUGAAGUGGAACGAUGAACUAACCUUUGACUUGGGAGCAGGAAGCAAGGAGAUGAAAGUGAAAGUCCUGGAAAAGUCAGAGCAAAGUGAGAAUGUAUUAUUGGGACAGAGUGUGAUCCCACUGGAUUUAUCUCGGAGAUCACCAGGAUGCCAGAGCUUUCCAUUAACAGCCUCUCCAGAAAUGUCAAGUACCUCCGCUGGAUCAGUCUCACUUGAGUUGAUUUACAUGGAGCCAACAGAUCCCAGGACAGCCCAGUCACAGGUCCCUCUGCGGACUGUCACUCCAACGAAAAAGAUUGAAAUGGAUCGAACCAUAAUGCCUGAUGGAACUAUAGUGACAACAGUAACAACUAUCCAAUCCCGGCCUAAAUUGGACAGUAAAAUGGAUUCUCCCACAAGGUCACCCUCCAAGGUGGAAGUAACAGAGAAGAGAUGCAUCAAGCUGGAUGAUAGCCCCAUCAGCCAGCCUCCUAAUAAUGUAGUGGACAACCACCUUGCUAAUGGUUUGGAUCCGGUCGUACAGACAGCGAUUCGGCAGCUGACAGAAUCUGCUAACAAGCCCAGCAAAAAGACACCGACCAAACGCAGCACACUGAUUAUAUCAGGAGUUUCAAAGUCCCCCAUUGAUCAGGAAGAAAUGGCUCUCUCUGUGGGCUAUGCAGCUGCUAUGGAUGCCUCUCUGCAGAAUGAGCUGAGGUUGCCUGCCCUGCCCCACUGCAGUGCUCAGACUGUGCUGGAGUCGCCCAAAUCCAUUGAUUCUCUGAACCAGCAGCAACCAGUCAGCCAGGACCAGGACGAGGCUGUUGCAUCCGAUAUUUCAGAGCGACCAUCGGUGGAUGAUGUAGAAUCUGAAACGGGCUCAACAGGAGCACUUGAAACAAGAAGCUUGAAGGAUCACAAAGUUGGCUUUCUCCGAAGUGGGACAAAGCUUUUGUUCAGGAGGAAACACAAGCAGAAGGAGCCAGGCUUUAGUCACUCCCAUGAUGACCUAUCCAACGUGAGUGACAGCCCUUCAUCUACACGGAAGAAAUCAGGAAGCUUCUCUCGGAAGCUUAUCAAACGCUUCUCCUUCAAGUCCAAGUCCAAGUCAAAGGCCAACACCAAUGGCAAUACCGGGGCAACUGGGAACUGAAUGUACUAGGAUGCCCAGACAGCAUUGUUGGAUUAGAUACCUGGAGGCUCAGCUACCUGGCGAUAGGACAACGAGAGGCAAAGCACUACGGGCCCAUCCGAGAUUGUUGCAGUAAUUUCUGUCCUGGGUUUCUUUUCAGUGACUUUCUGUGAAAUGAUAGGAGUGCUACCAUCAUUCAUCUGCCAUUGCUUGUGAAAGCCACUGUGCAGUAAUGUUUCUCCCACGUCUGAUGAUGUUGUGUUGAUGGAAAAAAAAUGGACCUUUCAACACCCUGAAGUCAAGGACUAAGACACAAAGGCAUUUGUUUGGUGACACUAGCUUUGAAUGUAAACUAUCAACCUGAUUUAACCUUUCCCCAACUUUAUUUAUUGAAAAUCUAUAUCUUUGCCAAGAUUUGGCAGCUGUACAAGAUGUUUUAUUAGAAAUACUGUUGUAAUGUUUUAAUUGGGAGGAAUGAAUUGUCAUUGAUUGCUGCCUAUUCUUGCAUUUACUGAUUUGUAUCUUAGUGAUGUUUUGAAAAUGUAGAUGAAGAGACAAAUUUUAAUUCCUUCUCUAUUUGAAAGGAAAGGAAAAUCACCUUAAAUUAAUGUCACUGCGCUCCUUAGACCCUCAAAGACAACCAAACAAGGGCAUGAUGAGAUGGGUUAUUUACAUAGGGGAGAAUGUGCUUGUUGUGGGAAAUCGAGAUAAUGUUAGCCAGUUGCGAUUGUUGCACUUUUUUGCAUUCAUCAGUCUUACUGGCAGAUCACAUCCCGAUUUCCUUGUAAACUGUGAUGUUGAAUCUAAUUCUGGUCAAGGUCUGGUGAAGGUUCAGAGAAAAUUUGUGAGAAUAGUAACAGGAAUGCGGAUCUUCAGUAACAGGGAGAGACCAGAGAAACCGAUGUUUUUGGAGCAGAGGUGAAAGAUUUAAGAAUCAGCCAUGAUUGAAUGGCAGAGCAGAUUUGAUGGGCCGAAUGGCCUAAUUUUGCUCCUGUACCUUAUGGUUUUGUUCCAAAUUUCGAAGACAUUUGAUAAGAGUAACUGGGGGGGAAAAUGAUUUCCAAUUGUACAUGCUUUGGGAAUUGAUGACAAGUGAGUUUUUUUUUUGAUGCAGUGAGUUAUUUGAUGUGAAAUGCUCAACCUAAAAGGAGAGUAGAAAUAGAUUCAAUAGGAAGUUUCAAAGUGGAAAUGGAUAAAUACAUGAAAGAGAGAAAAUUUGCAGGGAUAUGGGGGAAGAGUAGGGAAGUAGGACUAUUUGGAUAGCUCUUUCAAAGAGCCAGCAUAGGCACAAUGGGCUUCAAUGUCUUCCGUAAUGUAUCAUUCUUUGAUUCUAUAAAUGUCCCAUCAGCCCAAUGGGAUUCAGUAACUCUGUGUUCAGCAUAAAUAAAUGUCAUCAGAAAACACUGGAAAACACUCCACAGUUCAGGGAGCUUUGUCGGAGAGAGAAACUGAGUUAAUAUUUCAGGCUGAUGAAUUCAGGUUCAUUGCAACCAUUUCUGAUGAAAUGUCCUUGCCCUGUAACAUUAACUGUUACUGUCUCCAACAAUGCCUCCUGGCCUGCAGAGUGUUUUCCAUCUAUUUUUAAAUUUUAUUUUAGAUUUCUGGCAAUCACCAGUAUUUUUGUGUUUGUCAAAGAAAUUCAUGUUCAGGACAAAUGUUUGGGUGGUGGGCUGGAAUUGAACAUGAAGAUAAUAUUUACCCCAAGUGAAUGGACUGAUGUGAGACCCACCCAUGUGCUGUAACCAUUAUCACAAUACCCAAUGGGCGCAUAGCCUUUGGCAUAGCCACAAUGAAAAAGUUACUAUGGUGCCUGAGGCAUGUUAAUGAUACACAUUGUAUAUAGAUAGAUUUAUGCUAGUGCAAGGUCUGACCUGCAGUGCUUGGUAAGACUGCUAAUAACAAAUGCUUUGUGCCCAGUUCUUGAAGUACGCUGGCUUUAUGGAUUAGAUCCCCACCCACAGAUUUUUGUUUUAGUUUUUGUUAUAGGGGCAAAUACUGAGGCAUCUCAGUUGCCAUAUUAAGGAGAUUGGUGACCAUUCCAAGACUCCCUGCAGGUAGCUCCUUGUGAGAUACGUAUAUGUAAAGGAUUGUACACAGUAAAUCUUAACCAUGUUUUUUUGGGACCGGUGAAAGGGUGGUGAAUGAAUAGAAUUAUGAUCUGACAUUGUUUUAGCUCCGACAGUCAUUUCGUAGCGGCAGGUAACGCUUUGGAAAUCACUGACAGCUAUUUGGCUUCCAGUUCUUGCAGAUGGCGGGAGAGCGGGAUGGGCUCUGUUCUGAAAUUAGUUUUUGCUGAGAGUGAGAAAUAUAUCAAAAACCUUAAAAACCUCAAUAAUUAAUCCUCCUAGAGAUGUGGGAAGAUAAAGACAGCGGGUGUCUUACUUGCCUCUUAAAAUAACCAGUUAGCUGGCUCAAAGCCCAAACUGCCCAGACAGUGAAGAUGGAGAUGUGUGUUGGGUUUGGAAGGUCACCAGUCAUCAUUAUCUGCUACUGGUUUUGCAGAGUGGUACAAGCUGUUAUGAUGGGGGCUGGUCAAACCCCAGGAAACAAACACCAUUUUAAGAGGGAUCUGUAGGUACUUUCCCAUAGAUUACUAUGGGCUGCACUGUCCUGAAUGCUACUUUAAACCCAAACUCAAAAGAGUAUACACAUUUCUUUAAGUUCCUUGGAAAUAAAUAUUGAUUUUAAAAAAAUGUAUUGUUCACACUGGCAACUGCAUGUUUUAAUAAAGAUUUUGAUUGUU